AUGGCGAAGCGCCGCGCCGCACGGUUGAAGGGAGUGUGGAAGGCGGAGUGUUGGAAGGGCGUGGAUCGAGUCGAGUCGAGUCAAGGCCAAAAUGAGCGACGGCCUGGGGAGAAUGAAGCGAAAGUAAAAGAGGUCAACCGAGUCAAGAUCCUUCUUCCCCUUCCAAGAAAGAAGCGAAAGGACGAAAGGACGAUGAAACACGGAGGGGAAAGGGUCAAGAAGGGGAAGAAGGGUUGA